AUGUACGUGAGCCCGCUCCUGGACAAGGACGGCAGCAUGUACCCAGGCUCUGCCCGGGCUGCCAACACCCUGCCAGGGCAGGGCUUCGUGUCCGCACCCCCCUACCCCGAGUACAUGGGAUACCACCCCGUGCCAGCCCUGGACACCCACGGGCAGCCGCCGGGGCCCUGGGGCUCCCACUAUGGCCCGCAGAGGGAGGACUGGAACGCGUACGGGCCGGGCCCCUCCGGCGCGGGCACUGCCCAGCUCAGCGCCUCGUCCCCCGCCCCGGGCUCCUACAGCCCCGCCGAGUACAGCUCCCUGCAGCCCGGGGCCGGGGGGGCUCCUCCCGCAGAGCCCGGCAGUGCCCAGCACUGCUCCCCCAGCAGCCACAGGCACAGCUCCUACGAGUGGAUGAGGAAAACCGUGCAAGCCAACACCACUGGUAAAACAAGAACAAAAGAAAAGUACCGAGUUGUUUACACAGACCAUCAGAGACUGGAAUUAGAGAAGGAAUUUCACUGCAACAGAUACAUCACAAUCAGGAGAAAGUCAGAACUGGCAGCAAACCUGGGACUAUCCGAAAGACAGGUGAAGAUCUGGUUCCAGAACCGGCGGGCAAAGGAAAGGAAGCUGCUCAAGAAGAAAAUCUCGCAGUUUGAUGGCAGCGGGGGCUCAGCCCAGAGCGACUCGGGGUCACUGAGCCCCACCGAACUGUCCAGCUCCCUGUUCCCACCUCCCCACAGCAUCAGUGGAUUACAGCCUAGUGACAUUCACCAGGUCAUGGUUUCAGAAUGAACAGAGGGAAAAAAAAACAGGAAAAAAGAGAAAGCAGGAAUGGAUUUCCCCACCUUUAAAACUCACUUAUGCAAAGGACCCUUCUCAUUUCACUGCCUCUAGAGAGCUGAUUUCUGAGCACGGGAUCUGGGACUGUUGUCAAAGUAUUUUAAUUGUUGCAGAAAUCUCAGGGAACUUGUGCUGCUAAGAUUCAUCUCUCAAUAUCUUUGAACAGCAGGUAAUUUGCUUCAGACACUGACAUAAAGAAUGAGACAACAAAGGUUCAAGUAAACAUAGUUCUAGUCUGAUCACAUAUACCCACAGAGAACUAAGGGGACUGAUUAUAAAACAGAGUAUUAUUGCAGAAAAUAUAAGAAGCUGGGUGUGUUUGUGUUGUUACAUUUAUAUAAUUAGAGUAAACAGUAGAUGUUAAUAAAUAUUUACACUUACAUGUAUUGAAAAG